CUUAAGCGGUAGGCCGGUCCUCUUGUUGGGACUUUCCAGCUUAAGAAACUUAUAAGGUGGCUUGUGAAAACGGAGACAUCUCCAGCCCACCGACUCCUCUCUGCACACCAGGCUGCGAGGCCCACGGUUCCUAGGAAAACUAGGUCCUCUGUCUGCAGAAAUGGAGACUUUUGCCUUCAGUUCUCAAAGACAACUUCCUCUGCAGGCCUGGCCACCCUGCUGAAAAAGAGGAAUAACUGGAAGGCCGGCUUAAAGUGCAGAAUCAGCAGAGGGAACCAGGGAAACUCAGAAGCUGGCCAGUGGAUGACGGGAAGUGAAGACAAGCUGGCUGCUCCAGAAUGAAGUGCAGCUCCGAGAAGGGGAAGUAGGAACCCAGCUGACUCUUGGCUAUGGCUUGUGAACCCCAGAUGAGCCCCAGUGUGACAGCCAGUGCACUGUCCACCUCCUCCCCUGGCUGGAGUGCUCUGCCAGGGGGCAGUCCCAGCUGGGGACAAGAGCUCCACAAUGGCCAGGUGCUCACGGUCCUCCGGAUCGACAAUACCUGCGCACCCAUCUCCUUCGAUCUGGGAGUAGCGGAAGAGCAGCUGCAGACCUGGGGGAUUCAGGUCCCGGCCGACCAGUACAGGAGCUUGGCUGAGAGUGCCCUCUUGGAGCCCCAAGUGAGACGAUACAUCAUCUACAACUCCAGGCCUAUGCGGCUGGCCUUUGCUGUGGUUUUUUACGUGGUGGUAUGGGCCAACAUCUACUCCACCAGCCAGUUGUUUGCCCUGGGAAACCACUGGGUGGGCAUGCUGCUCGUGACCCUGGCCGCCGUGAGCCUAACCCUGACUCUUGUGGUCAUCUUCGAGAGACACCAGAGGAAGGCCAACACCAACACGGACCUCAGGCUGGCAGCUGCCAACGGAGCCCUUCAGAGACAUCGGGUACUACUGGGGGUGACAGACACAGUGGAAGGCUGCCAGAGCGUGAUUCAGCUCUGGUUUGUCUACUUCGACCUGGAGAACUGUGUGCAAUAUUUGUCUGACCAUGUUCGAGAAAUGAAGACCAGCCAAGAGUCUUUGCUGAGAAGUAGGUUGAGCCAGAUAUGUGUUGUCAUGGAGACUGGAGUGGAACCCAUAACAACAGUGGAGGGGCCUGAGAGCCUGGUGGAGGAAGCACCUCUCCUGCCCAGCAGUCCUCAUCCCAGGGAGAAGCCACUCAUGCAGACCGAGCUUCGCCAGCUCAUUCCUGAGGCUGAGCCAGAGGAAAUGGCCCAGCAGCUGCUGGCGGUGUUUGGUGGCUACUACACUCGGCUCCUUGUGACCUCCCAGCUCCCCCAGUCUGCGGGAACACGGCACACAGACUCUCCAAGUGUUCCCUGCCCCUGCCAGCUCAUAGAAGCCCACAUCCUAGGUCCUGGGUGCUGCCCGUUUCUGGCCAGGUGACCUAGGACUAAGGUACUCUUCCCCUGAGACUGAAGGUGGGGCGUGGGGAGGCCUCAGGAGCCUGAGGUGGCAGGUGCCAGCCCUCCUGAGAAGAGAAGCCUCUGGGGGUGCUCUGCAGGUUCUCAGCGUAGGAUGUUGUGCUCACCCCAGGAUUCUGCACAAAAACAGCUGUGUGCACUGCACCCUGACUACAGGCCUUUCCAGAACGUGGACCCACUUCAAGCUGCUCUCUGUGCUGCUUCGACCCGUGGGCAGGAGGAUGCAAGGGCCUCUCCUCUGGAGAGCCCAGGAAAUGUGAAGGUAACUGGACUGGGCCAAACUAGUCUGCAGGUGAUGCGCCUGUUCUCGUCACGCCGGAUGGAGAAAGGGAGGCACCAGGAGGAUAUGGUGCCGUGCGUGUUGCCUUGGCCCUCAGACUGCCUGUCCACAACCGGAUGAAAGGAAGCAAAGAGUUCUCCGUUUUUAAGUUUUCCUUCCCUUCUAUUUUAUGAAGAGUGGAAGCUUCUUGUCUGCAACCUUACAGGCUCCAGAAGACAGAAGCAAGAAACAAAUGGCAGAUAACUGCUGUUAGAGGGUUUGGAGAAGACUGGUCCUGUCUGGUUUUACUCGCUUAGCUGCAUGUGCGCUCGUGAUUUGAGUUUAUCCUUCAGCUGCAGAGCCGAACUCCUGUUUUCUGACAUGAACAGAAUGUCCUAGAAUGAAGCAGAAUCUGUGUCUUGUGGAUUCCCAUCAAGAGCUCAAAGGUUUCUCGGUUCCUGCUCCUAAACCUGUUUGAAGACCCUCCUCACUCUUCUGCUGGAGCAAGACCAACAGCCCUGCUCCGUCAUGUAAUCUCCUGAACGCCCAAGACCUGGCCUUCAGCUCCAAUUUUGGCUUCAUCUUCUACAAAACUACUUCAUAAAUUGUAACUUUCCUGCAUGGCAUACCUUUCUUUUCUAUCUGUUGGACUCCUAUGCAUGCUCCAAAGCCCACAAUUACUUGCUCCUCCUUCAGGAAGCUUUUACUAACCGGCCCUGCUAUGCUCUGUCUUCAUUAAGUUCCUGACGUAGCUGCUGUCUUUACUGAUGUUUUUGUUAUUCUAUUUUCCUGUCCACAUGCCAGUUUUUCUAGUAGAUGAUACACUCCUUGAGGAUGCAUAACACACCUUAGCUUUAUUGUGCAUGACCUGGAUCGGCCAUGUGGCUUGAUUACUUUGUCAUUCCCAUAGUAGCUUUUCCAAAUUACUCUUCAUAUUCAGAUGUGAUACGGUUGGCUCAUACUUGGGUUCUUCCUAUCUGCCACUUCUAACUAUAUGACUUUUGAUUGACCUUCAGUUUACCCAUCUGUAUACUUGGGUAGAUUAUAUAAAUUAUGGGCGAUAGUUAUUGGUCUUUCCAAAUUUCCAAAGCCGGACAUUUCCAGCUUUUUCUGCACCAUUCUGUCCCUUGGCAUGUCUGUCAUGCCUUUUCUACAUGUGGGAAGGUCUGAGUGCCCCUGGCCCUGAGGUGUUCCACACCAGAUGCACCUUUGGAUGGAACCCUAGCAUCUAGCAGGAGACCUGGCUUUUCAUUUCCGAUCUGCUGCUUCCUAGAUGUUUGACCUUGGCCAGGUCACUUACCCUCUCUGAAUAUCAGCUCACUUCCUUAUAAAAUGGAUCUGGGAAACAGAAACUGUAGGAAUAGACUUGUCAUGGAAGAGAGAUGUCAAACUAUCUGCUUUCUCGGGGCCAGAAGAGAAAUGGCCGUUUUACGCAUUUCUCUUUAGCCAAUUCUGAGGGCGGGUUUGCUCUGUGAGAAUUAUUCAUCUCUGCCACAGAGGACAUGUGGGCAAAGAGCGUAGAAGCACAUGUCUGUCACCCAGCCAUGACGCCCUGGUAAGUAUAACAGCAGAAUCAGAGUGUGUGUCAAAUGACAAAGCAGCAGGUCCUCAAUUUGAAGGUUUACUUAAGAGCCCUCGAUAUGUUCUUUCCUGCCUUUUUCUCUCUUCAGUUUUUCUGAUCAUCUCCCCGGCUGAAUGCCCCGGUGGGGCAUUCAGAGUG